AUGGAUUAUAUUAGUAAACAAGAAACCGAUACUUUAGCCGAAGAAAAGAAGUCACCAUCAACCAAAUUCGAUCAAUUAUCAUUGAAUGAUUUAUCAAAUCCACCAACUGAUGAAGAACUUAGAAGAUAUAAGGAUUUACCAUCAUCCUUACUCCCACCUAUCCACAAACGUGAGAUGUUAAAGAGAAUCUAUGUCAAUCGUGAUCUAAAGUUGGACAGAAUCGAAUUCUUUGGUUUCGAUAUGGAUUAUACAAUUGCAGUAUACAAUUCACCGGAUUUCGAAGAGUUGGCAUAUGACAUGGUUAUCGACCGUUUGAUUGCACUCGGUUAUCCAAAGUCCAUCAAAAAGUUGAAAUACGAUCCAUCGUUCCCAAUUCGUGGUUUGUUCUUGGACAAGGAGCUCGGUAAUCUACUAAAGAUCGACAGUUUCGGUAAUAUUAUUCUCUGUGUCCACGGUAGACGUACACUCUCCUCGAAGGAAUCGACCGAUAUGUACCCAAGCAUGAGAGUGCCAAGCGACGAUAUCGGUAAGCGUUUCUACCUGUUGAACACCUUGUUCACCUUGCCAGAGGCUUGUUUGUACAGUGAUCUCGUUGAGCAUCUGGAGAAGGAGAGCAACUUGAAGCUCACCGAGGAGGUUGCCGACGAGCAACAACAACAAAACUCACCACCUCUGACCAGCUUGCACCAAAACACCGAGGGUAACAUGGCAAUCGAGGGUGACGUCUCCUACACCAAUUUGUUCCAAGAUGUUCGUGAAGCAAUGGAUCUAGUUCAUAACGACGGUAGUUUGAAAACCAAGGUAUUGGAUGAUAUGCCAAGAUAUAUCAAAAAAACUAAUCCAUCUGUUCUUUUCGAUAGAAUGAGACAAAAUGGAAAUAAAGUAUUCCUUUUAACAAAUAGUGAAUAUUAUUAUACCAACAAUGUUAUGUCUUAUCUUUUAAAUGAUGCAAAUCCAAAUUAUAAAUCAUGGAGAGAUUAUUUCGGUGCUGAUAAACCAAGAUUCUUCUCUGAAGGUACAACCAUUAGAGAGGUUGACAUUAGCACUGGUAACCUGAUGAUCACAAAGGUCAAGGAUAGAUUCGAACAAGGAAAGGUAUACCAUGGUGGUUCCCUCUCUUUGGUUCAAAAGUUGAUUGGUGCCAAAGGUAGCCGUGUUCUAUACACUGGUGACCACAUCUUUGCCGAUAUCAUCAAGUCAAAGAAAACUCACGGUUGGAGAAAUCUUUUGGUCGUCCCAGAGCUUCAACAUGAAUUACAAGUAAUCGUAAGUUUUUAA